AUGACAUCUCGGAUUGACGUGCUUAGUCGUGCUCGACUUGCUGGUACUUGCACCGUCCUUCUAGAGACAGUUCCUAGAAUAUCCCUUGACAUGCUGCUUGAUUUACCAUGCGUGCUCGAGGAGGAUCUCUCAUGGCCGAUCGGGCUGCCACAGGAAGGUACGCGGUGUACGCUCAUGCCUCUGGAUGCCCCGGCGCUGCAUGCACGCUUGAUGUCUACUCCUGCCAAACGCUGGGUUGGUGCUAACGGUGACUGGCUAGCGUAUGUCGGGGAUGCUGGCCAUAUUGAACUGCACAAUGUGUACACAACUGUCACUGUGCCACUUCCGCCCAUUUCCAGCAUAGGGUUUGAUCUGGUUGACUUGCCAGACAGCGUGCAAUUCCACUUUGAUCAAGCAAGGGCAAAACUGAAGAAGAUAGCUAUCGCUGAUGCACCAUCCAAGAAGGCCGGCUAUAGCAACGCGGUGUUCGACAUCUCAAUUGCCAUCGCCAGGGGUGGUUUCACCUCCGACGGGUGGAAACUAUUACGGUCGGAUCUCAUGUUCCCUUUUGUGUAUGAAGAUGAUGUUCUUCAUGGCGGACGGAUCUUUGCACUGACAAACGAGGGGUCUGUUUUCGUUUGGCAGCUCUCGUAUGGAUUGAACUUGGCUCCUCAGAAAAUCCCGGCUCCUGUUAUCAUCGAUGGACAGGACCUCACGCCUCUCUCUUGGAAUCUUGUACCUGACAUAAAUGACAAUCAAACUAUGUUAUUGGUCCACACACGUGGGGUCGUAACAGGGGAAGAGGUCGAGAGUCCAUAUCUGGAGCGAGGACUGCGCUCAUAUGGAAGAAUGCGCUGCCUUGUGUUCCAGUUGAAUGGCAUGGUCUGGAAUCUUGCUGGGGCUCACUGGGAAAGGAAGCAUGAUCUUGGAGCAUACUCUCUGUUCAUUGGCAUGAAUUAUCCACUGAUGAUUGAAAUGCCACCAUCUGUACAUGAUGCCCAGGACCUUCCCUUCAUGAAGCAUGGAUGCAUUUUCAGUAUGCAUGAACGCAUUAGGAGUUGGAAUGGAGACUUUCCUGACCUAUGCCGUUUCAGCUUGAAUGAAGAUCUUGCACUAGGUGUAGAACUUACCAGCAAUCAAGCUCGGGCGCGAUGCCCCCCAAUCUGGCUCGUGCCAUCCAUGCGGAACGCAGAGGACUGGAAUGUCCGCUAA